AUGGCGUGUAGCAUGGUUCCAUCCGAACCAAAUCAGCCAAAGGCACUUUCGUUUCCAAAACGAACGUUUGGUAAGAAAGCCCCUGUUCAGAGAUCAUUCCAAGGUAGUUGGUUCGAUUCUCGUCCAUGGUUACACUACGAUGAGCCCCGCGAUCUUGCGUUCUGUCACGUGUGCAUGGUAGCUAAACGAGAUGGCAAGCUCACAUCUACUAAAGCGGACAAGGCGUUCCUUGAGUCAGGAUUCUCAAACUGGAAAGAUGCAACGGCAGGGUUCAAGAGCCACGAGAAAUCAGAAUGCCACCAGGCAGCGGUCGAGCGUGUGGUCACCUUGCCAAAAGUGACCAAGGAUGUAGGUGAAAUGCUGUCAGUGUCACAUGCAAAUGACAAAAAAGUCAACCGACAGUGUCUGUUAAAGGUCCUAUCUUCAAUCAGAUUCAUUGCCCGCCAAGGAUUAGCGUUGCGCGGUGAUGGUGACGACAGUGAAAGUAAUUAUAUACAGUUACUGAAGCUCAGAGGUGAAGAUGAUUCCAAAAUUCUAGACUGGAUAAAACGUAAAAAUGACAAGUAUACGUGUGCAGAGUCCCAAAAUGAAAUGUUGAAAAUCAUGGCGUUAUCCAUUCUGAGAGAUGUCGCACAGAACAUAAAGAAUUCUGUGUUCUACUCGAUCAUGGCAGAUGAAACCACAGACAAAUCAAACCGUGAACAAAUUGUGCUUGUGAUUAGACAUGUAAAUGAAAAUCUAGAACCACAAGAGGAAUUUAUUGGAUUAACCAAAGUGCCCUCAAUUGAUGCAGACACGUUGACCAUCGAGAAGAUGCGCAGAGAAGGCAACAAUAUUACUACAAUCGAUCAACUCGAGUUCAUCCAGAAAUCUCUAAGGGACAAGCCGUUCGUUUCAGACACAAGGACGAAUGGAAACCGGGCUAUGUGA